AUGAAGCUUCUACUAGUGUUGUUGAUUGCAGUAAACAUUCCUGACAUUUCGAGUAUACCUACUCAUUUAAAACAAGAGAGUGCUGCUAUGGAUGAUAUAUUGACUGUCAACAACGAAAAUCCAGAUUUUGAAUUACUGUAUGGAGACGAAAGAUUAACACAGCAACAAAUGCUGGACAUGAUGGAGAAUGACAUUGGACACAAAAGAAAAAGAAGAGCCUUAACGAAACGAAGUAGAGGUUUAAGAUGGCCGAACAACGAAUUCCAUUACACAUUAUCCAACGAUUUCUCGUUUGAACAGAAAACAACCAUCCGAAAUGCGAUUAAUAUUAUUGCCUCCAGCACUUGCAUACGUUUUAUGGAACAUUCGAUCGGAAGUGCACCAACUGCUCAUGUUGCGAUGUUUCCUGGUUCUGGAUGUUGGUCUUUCAUUGGACGUACUGGUAGAAAGCAAGAUCUUUCACUUCAAAGCAACGGAUGCGUUUUCUCAGGAAUUAUUAUACACGAAGUAAUUCACGCACUUGGAGUUUAUCAUGAACAAUCAAGAGCUGAUCGAGAUCAAUUCGUUACAAUUAACGUUCAAAAUGUACAACCUGGUUUAGAACAUAACUUUAACAGACAUGACACGGACAGUUUGGGUGUGUCGUACGACCCUAAAUCAGUGAUGCACUACGGCAAUCGUGCCUUCUCCAACGGUAACGGUCCAACGAUUGUUUGGAAACAAGAUCCUUCUUUGAUACUUGGUGGACAAGUUUUGACAGAGAAAGAUGUUCUACAAUUAAAUUUAUUUUAUGAAUGCUCAAAUCCUGUUACGACCACCACUACAACCACGACCACUGCACCAACCACCACAACCACUCAACCAACCACUCAACCAACCACCACAACUACCACAACCACUCGACCAACCACUACAACUACCACAACCACUCGACCAACCACCACAACUACCACAACCACUCGACCAACCACCACUACUACCACAACCACUCGACCAACCACCACAACUACCACAACCACUCGACCAACCACUACAACGACAAAACCAACCACUACUACAACUUCGACUACAACAUCUACCAGAACCACCAGUCCUACUACUAAAACUGCAACGACCACUAAGCCCUUAACAACUACAACUACUACCACGACUCGAUCAACAAGCCCUCCGACUGGAGUAUGCGGAGAUUCAUCAUAUUAUUGCAUCUCUGUUCAAUUUAAAAAAUCUAAACUAUGCGGAUUGUACGGUAACGUGUGCCGUCGCACCUGUGGCUUGUGCACUGGUCCUGAUAGCGAAAUGUGCUUAAACCAUAGCGACAAAGCAGGCCAAUGGUAUUGCAAAUGGAGAGUUCAAUACGGAGCUUGUCAACACCGAUACAACUGGUACCGUUUACGUGUGAAGAAAAGUUGUGCUCGAAGCUGCUGUGAACGUGGUGAAUUAUACACACUUCCUGGAGUGUAAAUAUUUUUAAAUCGAUGGAAGUCUGUAUAAUGUUUGCCAUAGGGUCACUUUUAAUUUACACUAGUCAUUUGU